CGUAAACAAUCAUUUUGUUGAUGCUUUAGUAAGAGGAGCAGUUUACCGAAGAUGGAUCAAACUCCCAAGAAUCACAACGAGCAGCAGCAUGAGGUUACCGGAGUGUCGCGGAGUGGACGGGUUUGCAAGAAACCUUCCAAGCUGAUGGACUUCCAAUCUCCUGAUGUUAUUGAACUAAAGCCGAAGAAGGCGGGACCACAGCAUCGCACGGGUGUAAAAUUGUUUGGGCAUCAUGAGGAUGCUCACGGCCCACAUGAUGACCCGCACACCGAAUCCGACGAACGCGGUUCGAACGGCUCGAGUGGCAGUGAAUCGUCUAGCAGCGGCGAAGAUGAGGCAAUCGAUUAUGGGGACGAAUAUUGUCCCACGGCAGAAGACAUGGAAGGAAGCGAGGGUGAACUGAUGAUUGAUGCAUCGUACAAACAGCACCAUUCAGCGGAAAAGGCACGAAAGCCAACGAAACGAAAAGUAAGGAAGAAUUCGAAAAGCGACACCGGCCGACCUUCACAAUCGAAACGACGAAAGUCGAAGAAACACUCGAGAAGCAACGCGUACCGGAAGAAGGAAAAGCUGGGAGGCACAUUCAAACCUCCAGGCUAUCAGCCCAACGAUGUAGCGGCACAUCUUACACUGCUAGGUGACAGCCUGACACUCAUUGGCGAACGGCUAAAGGAACAUGAGGGCCAGAUUGCUGUCUCCGGAAGCCUGUCGGUGCUGCUGGAUAGCUUGAUCUGUUCGCUGGGACCACUGAUGUGCUUAACGUUGCAGAUACCAGGCAUCGAGCGUAACUCGGAGCACCUGAAAAAUCUUUUCCAAAAUACGCUCGACAACAUUGCUUACGUUAUGCCAGGCCUGUAGCAGCGACAGGCACAUACUUGGCAUUCUUCGUAAUCGUGAUUAAGUUUUUCUUGGAAAUCGUUUUGUUUUAGGAUUUUUUUCUGAUAAGAUCUCGAAUUAGUUAUUUGUUUAUUAGCUUAGAAAGAGUAAUGCUUCCGUUAAAACAUGAUUUUCUGAGCAUGCGGUCGUUCCUAAAUAA